ACAUGGGGAGAGCUUCUCAUCAAGCAAAAGAACCUUGAAAUGAUGGUGGCAUCCUGCACUGCCAUCUUCAUUCUCUUGUGUUCUUUUGUUUUGGCUUCUCCGACUGCAACCGAGACGCAUCCACGUCUCUUCAAUAAGAUCUACGCCUUUGGCGACUCUUUCACAGACACUGGCAAUACAAGGUCGGUAUCAGGGCCAGCCGGAUUUGGCCAUGUCUCUAAUUCUCCUUAUGGUAGUACCUUCUUUCACCACUCGACCAACCGAUAUUCGGAUGGACGACUGGUGAUCGACUUUGUAGCUCAGUCACUGUCCUUGCCGUUCUUGCCGCCUUACAAAUAUUUGAAGGGAAAUGACUCGUUUCAUGGGGUGAACUUUGCUGUUGCUGGCUCCACAGCUAUAAACCAUGGUUUCUUUGUCAGAAACAACCUUAGCCUUGACAUUACUCCUCAGUCUAUCCAAACUCAGCUCCUUUGGUUCAACAUGUUCUUGGAAACUCAAGGAUGUAGAGGAGCAGAGACAAAGACACAGUGCAAAGCUGCAUUUGAUGAUGCUUUGUUCUGGGUUGGUGAAAUUGGAGUCAAUGAUUAUGCUUAUGCCGUUGGAUCUUCUAUCACUGAUGAUACCAUUCGGAAGCUCGGUGUCGCCAGCGUCACCGGAGUUUUACAGUCUCUGCUGAAGAAGGGUGCAAAGUACAUGGUUGUUCAAGGUUUACCACCAAGUGGAUGUCUGGCAUUAGCAAUGUCUCUAGCUCCCGUCACCGACAGAGACGAUAUCGGCUGCGUGAGGAGCCUAAACAACCAAACCUACGUUCACAAUAUUGCUCUCCAAGCUUCAUUGCAAUCUUUAAGAGAGCAGUUUCCUCAAGCUGUCAUCAUAUAUGCCGAUUACUGGAACGCCUAUCGUAUGGUUAUGAAGAAUCCCAGCAAGUACGGUUUCAGGGAGCGCUUCAAAGCCUGCUGCGGUGUUGGUGAGCCCUACAACUUCGACAUGUUUACUGUCUGUGGAAUGCCUUCUGUCAGUUCCUGCAAAAACCCACCUGAAUACAUCAACUGGGAUGGAGUUCAUCUCACGGAAGCCAUGUAUAAAGCAGUUCAUGACAUGUUCAUUAAAGGUGGACUUACCCAUCCAGCUUUGAGUAACCUGUUGGACAUGAAACAUCACUAGGGAUAAGGUGCUGACAGUGAUUCAGCUGGUUUUGUUAGCGUUUAUCUUUGAGAUCUCUAAGAUUUAGCUAUGAAACUAAUGUGAGAAGUACUAGUUGAAACUUAUGAAAUGAACCAUUAUUUCGGACCCUCCA